AUGGCAACGCAGACUACAGUUCUCGCUAAUGUUCUUCGUAGCCUUUCUUCGAUAAUCUGGAUAAUGAAUUCAAAUAUUGGCAAUAAUACAAAAAUAACAGCUAAUUUUCUCAAGGCACCUGUUUUAUCUUCUCAAAAUUCAUACAAUUCAUUCAAUAUGAGUAGUUCAAAUUCGAGUCAACAAGAACCUCGUACAAUUGCACCAAAAAUGCCUAAAAAGACAUUCAUUAUUAUCGAGAAUAGUUUAGUAAAAGAACUAUGGAAUGGUUAUAUCAAAACAGCCGAUAAUUAUGGUCAAAUUAAAACUAAAGAUUCAGAUAUAGAUAGAUUCCAUGAACAGGUUCAUAAUGAACAUUUCGAUCGUAUUAUGAAUAACACAACGAAUGCUGUAUUUGUAAUCGGUAUCAGGAAUCUAUCAACAGAAUCGUCACAAUAG